UGUAAACGUGUAAACGGUCUGUGAUUCUGUGUUCUGUGUCUGUGAUUUGUAAUUAUUGUAAAAAAUAAAAAUCACAGUAAAAAUGUGUCAUGUGAAGUUGAAAGUGAAUAAUUAUUGAAAAUAAAAUUAAAAUAUGAUAGCAAGAGCAUGACUGUAUUUUUUAACAAGGGCAUUACUUUGUUAAAGCAUGUCGUUUAUAAAUGAUCCAGUAUUAAAUAUUAUCGUAGUGGGUUUCCAUCAUAAAAAAGGUUGCCAGGUUGAACAUUGUUAUCCUGAAUUAAUUCCUGGCCGUCCUUCGGAGCUUCCUGCGGCUUGGCGUUACCUUCCAGCUCUAGCCUUGCCUGAUGGCUCUCAUAACUACCUCUCUGAUACAAUAUUUUUUAGUUUGCCAGGAUUGACUGAACCUGCUCACACUGUGUAUGGUAUAUCAUGUUUUCGCCAAAUUCCUGUAGAGCAAGUGGCCCAAAAAACGGAAGAUAUGACAAGAAGUUCUGUUCAAAAAAGUGUUUGUGUAAUAUGUCGAGCACCCCUUUUUGGUCGUCUUGCCAUAAAAAUGGAAUUAGUUGUGCGAGCAUGGUUCCUGCAGGGAGAUUUCUCACAAACAAAACUAUUAGAAGAUGCUUUUAAACACUUAAAUAGCUGCCCUGUCCAAAUAGAUCAAACGCUGGAAGGUUUAUCGGUGCAAAAAAUAGUUGAAAACUGGAGACAUAAAGCUUUAUUGUUAUUCAAACUGCUCCUGUUGCGUAGAAAAAUACUUAUAUAUGGAUCCCCAGCAGGAUCACUGUCAGCCACUCUGUUGACUCUUGUGUCACUCUUGCCACAGUGCUUGGAGCAUGGAUUAUCACAAUCUGCUAAUGUGGUGCUAUCCAGGCCAAUGUCACCAGUCCCAAUAAUUGUGCCAGAAGAUAAAUGUACAGAUGUAAUCGAUGGCAACACAAUAAUUCUUAACGAUGCUCUUGUAAAUGGUACAAAUCAGUUUGAGGAGGAGCUCUCACCAAAAGAAACUGGUAAUAUGUUAGAGGAAAAGGAUAGGGUGAGCAGACAAAGUUUUGAUGACUCCCUUUUAUCAGAUGUGGUGGAUAGACAGGAGCUGUCAGGUGGCAGAGAAAAGUGCCACAGCAUCGGUGAAAAAUAUAAAUCACAGAAACCCACAGAUGCCCAGCAAAGCCCGACCAUGGCAAGGGACAUGAGCGUGGAUGGGCUGUACAAUCUGACGGGGCAGAUUGACCAAACUGAAUGUGGAUUUCCAUUACCACUGUUUGAAGAUGGGUAUAUUUGCUUACCAUACCUGUCCCUGCAGUACUUAGACCUGUUGUCUGAUCCGAGUGUGCAUGGAUUUGUUGUUGGCGCUUCGAAUGUGCUUUUUAAACAGAAAAGGCAACUGUUUGAUGUGUUAGUUGAGCUUAAUGAAAUGAGGAUAGAGACAGCGGACUUGGGUCUCAGGAGACAGCUAACUCUGGGCACGGAAGAUCUGCGGUUCGCCGACCACGUGGUGCGCCACGCUUCCACGCAGGGCGACGCGUGGAUACGAGAUCAAUUCGCAAGUUAUCUGAUUUAUUUAAUGAGGACAUCACUUUUGCCAGAGGGCAGCAGGGAGAUAGAAUCUUAUAAUACUCAAUUUAUGAGCGCUUUCAAAGCUACUCCUGCAUACGAGAAGUGGUUGAAGGCGACAAAUAAUGCGGACAUAGAAGCUUUUGUGAAUCUGAUGCCCAUGCAUCCCUUCAGCGGUCAACUCUCUGUAUCUGACAUGAAACUGAAAUUUGCCCAUACAAUGUCGACGACGGAGGGCGGGCGGAAGGUGACCGCGGCCGUGGCGAGCACGGGGCGCGCCGUGGCGAGCACGUCGCGCGCGGUGGGCGGCGCGCUGUCGCACGCUCGCGGCGCGCUGUCGGGCUGGUGGAGCGCGCUCACCACGCCCUCGACGGCACCCUCCACCGCGUCGGAGAACUCGCUGGACGACAAGCUCGACGUGUCCGACGCGGCCGACCCCUCCGACGCGGAGGACGUCCUCGAACACCUUCACGAGGACAACCGGAAGACGCCCAACCCCGACGCGGACCCGCCCGACAAGGUCAUCGACGAACAAUCCACUCGUGUCGGCAAAAUAACAGUCAUUUGAAGUGUGAUACUUAAUUAGUGAAUUUGUUAAAUCGUCUCCGCAUUGUGUAAUGUAUUUUAAUAGCAAGUACACAUUCUGUUUGACAUCAAGCUUUGAGCUUUUUGAGCUUCGGUCAAGCUGAUUUCCAUGCGGGAUGCGACUUGCGAAAGUACCUAAGCCUUUUUGAUUUAAUAUGUAACACGCGACGCGAGCGAGAACACUCGCAUCGCAGCGUGUAGCAAAACAAUAUUUUUUUCGUAACAUGGCGCAGCGGACGCUGCUUACGUUUACUAAUUACAACUAAAAUGUGCAAGUUACUUGGCGCUAGCGACUGGCGUCGGGACGGGCUUUCCGCUUAAGUUUGACCAAGCUUAAAUGUUUAGUACCAAACACAAUGACACUGUUUAGUGCUUAGUUAAUCAUGUUUACUUAGUAGAAGUUUUUAUGCAGCUAAAGUGUGUGGACACUACACUAUUUACGAAGCAACAGAUUGCGUACUGGCCAUUAGUCCAAAUAGUUACUCUCUACCCAUAUAUGAGUUGUACACACAUUAACUAAAAUUAAGUAUAUGCUAUGUCAACUACCAUGUAAACUUUAUUUUUCAAGCGACUUUAGACUUAUUGUUAUGGCUGUAUUAUUAAAUUUUCAUUUUAUUUGUAUAUUUGAUUUACAUUUUAUGACAAAAAUCGAUUUUAAGGUUUAAAAUUUAAGGUACUGUACAGUUAGUAGCGUCAAUUUUAAACAGUAGACGAAUCAAUUUAUGUACUUUAAAAAAAAUUAGGUAUUCAUUAUUUCUCGAAUAUUUAUAAGAUACUUAAUCAAUAUCUAUUAAUAAAAUCUACGAUAGAGAAAUCCUCGAUGUAAUGCCGUGGUUUGUUACAAUGGCCUCACUGGUCGGCAACGCAUCGGUGGUACCUCUGGUGCUGCGAAUGUUCAUGGGCGGUGGUAAUCACUUAACACCAGGUGACCCGCCUGCUCGUUUGCUCGCUAUUUUUUGUUAGAAAAAAAAAACGCUGUAAGCCACGACCGAAACCGGGUGACGCUGAGCGCUGUACGCGGCCGACGAAUGCUUAUGAAAAUGUACUUUAGUGGUCUCUUUCACCAGGGUGGGCUCUAACCCGUGUAGCCGUAAGCGUGAAGCUGCAAUCAAUACCCUGGCGACCUCAGGCUCGUGCGCUAUUAAUAUGGAACAUUUCUAUCAGUGAUCGGAAAUUCGUGCAAUGAUGUUGAGAAGCAAUAGCCUGUUUACUUUGUUUGCGCGCCCUUCCCUCAUGAACCCGUGAAGACGAGUAAAACACUUUAGGGCUUACAGGAAUAAAUAAAAACUGGUCUAAUGAGAGUUAACUCGUACAUAAAGGGUUCCGUACGUAAAGAAAAAACACAUAAAUUUUAUUUAUUUUCAUGGCGGCCAUUUUGGGUUGGCAUAGCGAAAAUAUAAUUAAUACAUAUUCUGUGAAAAUUUCAACUACCUUUUACGGUUCACAAAAUACAGACAGCCCCCUGACAGAUAGACGGACGAUGGACAACGGAGGCUAAGUAAUAUCCCUGAAAAGCCAAGCUUUGUCGUUAAUUCAAAGAAAAUAAUUUCAAGAGAGCGCACCGCGACUGGUGUUCGGCGCACCCCAAGACGCUGCGCCCGUGUGCUCUGCGCACCCUGCACCAUAGGUGAGAGGCCCACUUAGUAUUUCCACAACAAACAACAAUUAUUCUUAUAAUCUCUUGGACCAAGUGGUUAAUUCGUCCAAGUAUUAUGUAUAUCUACAUAAUCCAUUGCGACUCGAUGCUGCUUUUACUAGUGAAAGUUUACUUUUAAGAAUUAUCUUCUAAAAUUAUGAAUUUCAUACAGCCGAUUCUUAAUCAUUUUUUCAAUUUUAUUAUUUUAUCGUCCGUUUUAGAGUUCUAACUUUCUUGAGGGGUAGGUAGUUACUCAUCUAUUAUAUUUUUUAAGCUAUCAUCAUUUAUAGAAAAUUUAAAAAGUGGAUAAUUAUAUUAUAGUUUCAACGAUUUACUGUAAAAAAUUAUAUUAAGUUAUUGUUACAUUUACAGAAAUAUUUUUUUAAAUCUGUAAUCGUUUCUUUUAGAAUGUUGAAGGCAUGUGGCGUUUUGUAUAUAAGACUAGUCGUUUUGAAUAAAAAAAAAGAACUAGUAUCUCUGAUAUAUUGAUUGAUAUAAUAUUAUUCGUGUUAUGAUCAUCUUUGGUACCUACAGGGAGUUGACGUUAAUUAAUGUGUAAAAUAGCUAAUAUGUGGCUCUAUUUAUAUCGACUAUUAUCGUUGCUUACCAUCUCUGUUCAACUGUCGUGGACGAUUGAUAUCGUUCAAUCAGAAGAAGGGAAUAGGCAAAUCUUACGUUCUUUGUAAUCAAACCGGUUUAGUACGAGUUGAACUCACACACGAAGGGUCCCGUGCCAUCAUAUACUAAUACUAUAUAACUAUACUAUAUAGAUAUACUAAUACUACAUAACUAUACUAUAUAGAUAUACUAAUACUAUGUACUUUUCACUUUUUUUCAAAUUUGCAUGGCGGCAAUUUCGAAAUUCGCCUUUUUGGGUUUUUAUUAU